AUGGACAUCGUUGGCCUCCAGGAGACGCUUUGGUUUGGCUCUCAUCAAUAUACUGUCGGAGAUUGCUUAGUUUUGACAAGUGGUCGCCCAACACCGACUGGGGAUGAGCCUGCUCGUCGUGGUGAAGGGGUUGCUGUCGUUUUGCGAGGCAGAUGCAGGGAGGCAUUUGAACGCGGAGGCUCUCGCUGGACGGCGGUCAGCUCCAGACUCCUGUCAUUGCAGGUAAAAUUCGUAUGUGGUCGGAAUCAGUCUGUGUCUUGCCUGCACUUCGCUGUGGCGUAUGCCCCCACGUUUGUCAGGCCCCGUGAGGAGAAAACUCAAUUCUACGCAGAUGUCCAGUCCUUCAUUGACAGUAUUCCCAGGAACGAUCAAUUCGUCCUUCUUGGUGACUUCAACGCCCGUGUUGGCAGUGCUGGUGCGGAUGGUGACUGGUCAAGUGUCAGAGGCCCUCAUGGUUUUGGUCGAAUGAACUCAGCUGGAGAGGAUUUGCUCAAUUUCUUGUCCAGAAAUGGUGCCCUCAUAUGUAACACGUGGUUUCGGAAGAAUGAUGUUCAUAAGCAUACCUGGUUUCAUCCUCGAUACAAACAGCCUCACUGCAUUGACUACUGCAUCAUUCCUCAGAGCCGACGCUCCCAGUGUAUUGAUUGCCAAGUCAUCCGGUCUGCGGAAUGUGAUACCGAUCAUAAAUUCUUGGCUAUGAAAUUGCGCCUGGCAGAGAAUCCCUGUUUCCAUCGUACCCGUGCUGUCAUCAGAAAACCCAUUGCUGUGUCCAAGCUGUUGUGCAAGCCUGGCGGAGAUGACGAACCGGACACUCGUAAGGUCUUUCGCGACAUGCUGGAUGCAGAUUUGGAGGGAGCCUGGUCGCAUGAGCCAUCCUUGGAUGACUGGUGGACUACCAUCAAGACAACAACUAUCAAGGUUGCAGAGGAUUGCUUGGGCAGAGAGAGCCGUAGACAGCCGGAGUGGUUUCGGGAUAGUCAGGCAGAGCUUGAACCUUUCCUACUGGAGAGGGAUCGGCUGUUUGCUGUUUGGGUGUCUACACGCAAAGUCAGUGAUUGCAAUGCCUAUAAGUGUGCCCGCAGCUCCGCGCGGAGGGAAGUCAGACGCGUCAAGCAGGAAUGGCUACUCAGCAAGGCCCAGGAUUGCAAACGUUUCAGCCUCACGUCCAAGGGUGGCUGGGAGUGCAUCAGACACAUCCAGGCUGCGUUUCAGGGACUAAAACCGAAGGUCACAACAGCGAUCAAGAAUUCAAUGGGACAGGUUUGUGACACCCCCGAGGCCACGAACAUGCGGUGGCGGGAGCACUUUGGGAGAGUUCUCAAUAUCGUCAGCGACUUUGACGUGGAAACCCUUGACUCUAUUGACCAGCGUCCGGUCUUGGGUGGAGCUUGCGGAUGUUCCCGACCGUGUGGAGAUUCGUAA